AUGGGUAUGGGUAUGGGUAUGGGUAUGGGUAUGGAGAUUUCUGGUGCCGUUUCAACUCGGAGAGGAGAAAUCGAAGUGCUAACGAAAUUGCUCUCCAGAUUAGGGACGCCAUUUAUCUGUGGCCAUGACCAAAAAGAUGCUGUGGAAGUCCUGUUAGAACACAAUGCCAAUCCUAAUGCUGAGGCUGAAGAUGAUAUCACUCUGUUGUUAUCUGCAGUGGCAGAGGGUUCUCUAGCAUGCGUAGAGUUGCUGGUCAAGGCAGGUGCCAAAGCUAACGUUUUUGCUGGUGGUGCAACUCCAUUGCACAUUGCAGCUGAUAUUGGAAACCUUGAGUUAAUUAACUGUUUACUUAAUGCCGUAGCUGAUUCUAAUCAUAAAGAUGAGGAACAAGAGGAGACCGGGAUCAAGAAAGAUGUUCCUGAGGCUACUGUUGGACCUUGCAACAUUCAGAAAACUAUUGCAUUGGUGACCAGUGGAGCAAAGCAAAUGGAUAAGGUUAGAUUUGGUGUUGUGUCUGCCAAUACUUAUUCUAUUGUUUUACAUUCAGAACUGGCUCUUUUACGUUUCUGUGCUUGA